AUGUCUGACAUUGAAGCUCUGCGGACAGAAUGGAGGAUAUUAUACUCCCAAACCCUCCCUCAGAUGGCGAAAGCUGGAGAUCUUGCUCAGCCUGUAUGGCCUGUGACCCUUGACCACUGCUUUGCCCGCAUCAUCCUCGACAGCGUAAUUGGCAACGGUCAGCAACAAUGGGAUGGGGUAAUACAGAAGCCAGCCAUAAGAAGCAUGAACGAGCAACAGUUAAGGGAUGCAAUUGCACUGGGCCAAAAGAUCAGAGCUGGAGAAAUUGAUCUUUCCGACUUGGACGAGGCGAGUCUACGAUGCAGAGGGAAGAACGAAAGGAAGUACGCUAAAUCAACUGCCAGCAAAGAGAUAGUGCACGGUCCUGAGCCAAUGUCAACCAAUACUGGUCGAAAACGGACCAUAGGAGAGGUCGACCAUCCGGUCCGAUCAACAUCAGCAAAGAGUGCGAAGACCCAGAAACACCAAUCAACACUCAAAUUCUGGCGGACUGAGACUUCCCCCGCGUUGGCCAACACUUCGAACCGUGUAGAGGGGAAUAGAACGUCACCAAAAGCAUUUCAAGCAGACGAGGAAGAGUUCAACCGAACUCUAGGCCGUAUCCGGUCCCAUCCUUCGCUGACUGCGUAUCGAAGGAAGCUCUAUACCACUCUUCUUUCUGUUCCGCGUGGACGCUAUACGACCUACGGCGCAAUCUCUGAGUAUCUCGACUCUUCAGCUCGAGCGGUUGGGAACGGGAUGCGCAACAACCCUUUUGCUCCUGACGUACCCUGUCACCGCGUUUUAGCGGCAGAUAGGAGCAUUGGCGGAUUUCAAGGUGACUGGGGAAUGGACGGGAAAUACGCGGCCAAGAAGAUCGAACUACUCCGGAGUGAGGGAGUCAAAUUUGAUGGCCGUGGCAAGGUCCUCGGUGAGCCGUUUCGGGAGUUUCAACGUUCGAAGCGGGUCGAGGAAGGCAUUUUGCCUUAA